AUGGAGGGCAGGAACGGAAGCAGUAGCUCCAAAGGCGGAGGAACGCCGCCGUUGCCAAGAAGCCGCAUCCCUGCGCACCAUCAUUCACUGUCGCGUCGCGUCAUCCCAGGCCUGUACAAGCGCGGAUCGAAAGCAUCUGUAUGGCAUCCGUACAAUGUUGAACUCCCUGAGGAAGCCGCCGAAGAUGAAGUAGACGACACGCAAGAAAUCCAGAUCGAAGAGGCCCUGAAGCUCUACCAAACCGCUUUGAAGCUCCACUCCGAGGGACCCCCGUCGUUUGAAAAAACGGCCGCAGCAUACAAGGCCCUCUUCGAAUCUGACAUCUUCCAUUAUGCUGAGUCCCUCUCUGAAUACAAGCGACACGAGACCUAUGGCGAGGAUUUGGUGUUCGACACCAUCCUUGAAGAUGACUACGAGGCCGGCCCCGUCCAGUCCACAGGCGCCGCAGACAGCGCCCCGAACACGCUACAGCAAAUACUACAUCUGUCCUACAAGAACCAUGGCCAGUUCCUACUUGAGGCCAUGCAGCAUUGGAUCACCACCAAUGGUACCACAGCUCAGAUGGAAGCAUGGAGCAACACUCACGGUGCUCUGAAUUACUUUGCCGAGGCCUUGGAUAAGGAGGAUACAGAUCUCGAUCUGUGGCUGCGCGCUGCCUCAGUAGCGGCUAUGCUGGGCAGUAAGCGCCUCACUCGCUAUUGUCUGGAGGCUGUGCUGGACGGAAACGACGAGCAAUGGGAGAGCUUACUACGCCUUCCUGGCUUGGAAGAGGGCUUUGCUGGGCAACAGCUCCGUGAGCUCAUAGAGCGCUUAGAAGACAAUGUUUCCCUGAAACAGGCGCCACUAUCUACCAUGAAGCGAAAGAAGCUUUCCGAGACGCUGAAGAAGCAUCUGAACCCGUUUCCAUUUGCACCACUUCCCGCAGACGUUGCCCUUGGCGAAAGUCUACACAACAUCAAAGUAGCUCCAGAGAGUGUGACGUGGGCCCCCACCAAGUGGGAGUGGUCUGGCGUAGGUGAAUUCAUCCUAGGUCAAUUUACCGCCGAGCGAGACGCACAAGCACCUCCAAGUGUUCCGUCUGGUUCGAACAUAGUCUUCAACAUACCCCCAGACAGUGAGACUCCCGGGCGCAUCGAUUCCGAGCCUGAACAAGAACACACACCCGAGCCUGCUGCGCCUGUGGAUGCCGUACCGGCUAUUUCGGAGCCCGCCGCGUUGCUCCAGAUUGAGGGGCCCGCUCCGGCUAACGCGAAACAAGAUGGAGAGGACACUGUCAUGGAAGAGCAAGACGGUGACGCCGUAAUCGGAAAUGAGGAAGUGACUCGCACUGCGCCAGCCCCUUCGCGCAAGCGGUCCACAGACUCAGCCGGUCUACCUGAAACUGCAGAAGGCGGCCGGUCGCGUAGCAAAAGGAUUCGUGGACGGGACACAGUGGUCGAACCUGCCGCCGGUAGUGCAGUCCAAGAAGCCAAUAAGCACAUCGACGCUCAACUCGAACACUACACGCACGCAGAUCAAUGCCUGUACGAAAUUGUUAAGGACAUCUAUUCCAGACUUGGCAUUGAGAAUACCAAAGAUCCGACUGAUUUGCGCACGCUGGUCACCGCACUUCCAGAGUCAAACGCCAAAGACCCUAUCGACAAAGCAGCUUGCGACAUGUUCAGUGGUCUUCGGAGCGGACACAAAAACACUGCACAAAUACUUCUCACUACCGAGUCCUUUGACCUCCUUGGAGUAACUAGAGAACAUGGACUAAACGCGUUUCUGGGCUUCUCGAAAUCUAGUUCAGCCCAAGCCUGUACUAAGCCGGUUCUAACUAGCCAGGGACUGAACAAAUUCGCGCGCAUCGUGAACAGUGGCUGGCUGUCGAUCCAGGAAGUUGCUUUUACCUGGAUCGAGAAUCUCUGUUCUCCCGGAUCAUGUGCCCAGGGCCACAAUACCCGACCCACCGAUCAAUCCAGCUAUCUGCAAUACAGAUGGCCCGAAGAUCUCAAGACGUAUGUCGUGCGGAUCAUCAUUGAUAUUGAUGAAUACAUCUACGAGCGUAUGCUUCAUCGGGUAGAUGACCUCAACCGUCGGAUAGUGACAGCGAACCAUGAGUCGCGACGCUACGAGUUAUCCAGCUUUGAUGCUUCGCAGGUCGAGAUAGUUCAGACACUGUUCGAACUGCAUCUCGAUAUAUAUUCACUGAUCAAACAUCCACACAGUGUCGUCGAUGUCGAUACCCGAAACUCUCAGAGCGAUCGCCUGGAACGAUGGGCUACACUGGCGCGAGAAGUCAUACAGUUGCGGUCCAGCUGUCAAACUGAUCAAGGCAUAGACGACCUGGCACUACGCCAUGUAUGGGCCACGGUUUUUCAGAUGAGCGUUACUGACGAGGUCUUGCCAGAGCAUGUACUAUCUGCAAUGGCUGAGUUGAAGACUAUGUUUGAGCCCUUGGGCGACCGGACCAUACAGUUGCAAAACAACGCUGUCAUGCCGGAGCUAUCAGUCGCAGCUAUCGAUCGUGAGCUCGUUCGGAUUAGUAUGAAGGAUUUCUUCCUCAAAGUUUUCGACCAAGAGGAACAGGAUCCAGUAACCGUGAUAGAGAGCCUGGAGCCUAUUUUGGAGCUCGAAAACACCAAGGACACCAAGACAUGCAUCGAAGCUUCUGCCCCUGACGAGGACGGCCAUGAUCUCCGCAGUUCACCUACCAUGAGUAUCGAAGCGGAAUCGACAUCCGAGAGACAAGCUGGUGGUGAUUCAUCUCCCGUUCUAGAGAUGCGAAAGUUCCUCGACGCUGCCAACGUGAACGUACGGCUCUCUCUUUGGAAUAGAUUACGCGUUGCUUACGAAGCUAUCGACUAUCCUUCGAAAGUUCUGUCGUGCUUCUUGCGAAGUAUCGAAGCCCUUGUAGAUGACUUCAGGUCCUCACAGUUCCAGGAACUACCAGCAGAGGGCCGCCAACACCUGCUUCUGACCCGGUAUCGAAUCAUCGAUGAUAUGGUUGUGAAAAUUCUCCAGAUAAUCCGGGACGACGGUGCACCUUUCGCGUGUCUACCAUAUGAGCAUGUUCAGUCAUCCAUGUCAGCCAUUGCAGAGCUGUUACACAUCCUCUCUGCUGCCGACAUGCUCCGAGACUUCAUCCGCAUCAAUCAAGUCCCUAUGCCCAGAGUCGAGAACCAGCCACCCCAGUCCUUUGCCAACAUGAUGGUACGAAUUGAUGACAUGCACCUUCGGCUUUGGAUGUUGCAGUAUCACUUACUGAAGGACGGCUUAUCCCAGGACUCUGAAAACUUCCCUAUGCCCUCUGAAGACCUUUUCGAGUUCAUUCGCCAUGUGCACCAUGCUACCGGUGUGCGUGGCUUCUGUCAUCUCUCUAGCCGUCAGUUUUUGAGACUGGCGAGAGACGAACUACUUCGCAUAGAUGACAUAAUCGAUGGCCAAAGUCACGCUACAGAACUCUGCCAGGUUCUCUACGACCUCUACGGUCUGAAGUUGUUUGUCGAGCCUUUGGAAUGUCAAAACUUUCAGACCGCGCCAGAUGCUCUCGACAAGAAGACAGCCUUCAGCAUCCUUACCUUCGCAAUGUCUCAGGUUACAAAGGUUGAUAUCAAAGAUCUACCGAAGACUGAACUCAAGGGGACCAUAGAGAAGAUCCACGCAGCCCUGGGUCGACCGAAACAAAAUGACGAUAUCACUUUCAAUCGCAAGGUCAUAUCGACUUAUUUCAAAUCGCCCGUCAACCCAGUAGAGUUAUUCGGCUGUCUCAAGGGUGUUGGCUCAUUAGCCACGAAACAUAUCCCUGCUGAGGAAGCUGUGGCAGCAUCGAAAGGUUGGUACUACAUGAUGGGAGAUAUCGCACUCAGCAAAUUCCGAUCGCAGAAACGCAUGACACAGGGACCAACGGAAGACCUCAACUACGCCCAAGCAUUCUUUGUCCAGGAUCUAGAGCACUCGACCGAACGAUGGGAAACUUGGUAUCGUCUCGCACAAGCCAACGAUACACAGCUUGAGGAAGCUGUGUCGUGGAACGCAGACAAAAUGAACAGUAACAGCACUGAACUAGUCAACUUCCAGCGUGCUGCCAUCAACUGCUAUAUUAUGGCCGUAGCUUGCGCCGUUCGCGAUGGCGGCGCAGGUUUGAACACACAGAGUAAGAUUGCACAGAUGUACACAGACUUUGGCAAUCGCAUAUACGCCUCUUCUAGAGAGCCUUUUGGCAUGGAAGCGUUCCAGAUUCGCGAGAGCGAGAAGCGAUUCUGUAAUCUACAGACAAAGGCGACACUUUACAAGGAGGUAUCGUUUGUGCCAUUGCAAAGCUACACAGCUUGGAAGUACGCCAGUACCCUCUUCAAGCGAGCAAUCAAGGGCAAUCCAAACAAGUGGUGGAAUCACUAUAUGCUUGGAAAAUGUGCGUGGAAGAUGUGGGCGGCCAAUGAUAGUACCAUGCGAUACGCAAUCUCCGCAGGUGCAACCCUCGCUCCUCCGCAAGGGCCAACAUGGGAGUCAGUCGUGGAAGCAUUGGUCAGCGCAGUCGAGACAUUACCCGGAAAGAAGGGACGUAAUGGCGAACCGGUCCUUGAGCCGCACUACAAGCUCGUGUCCAUCACUCACAAACUUCUUCAGCGCGGCGCCAUCGACUACGACAAAGGAGUGAGCAUUCUAUCAAACACAUCCUACGCGCAGAAUGUCAAAGCACCAGAAAACACUGGCGACUGGCAGCGAUAUAUACUUGCUGUAUUGAAGGCGCUACGUGCAGCAGAUAAGUCAAGUUGGCAUCACCGCGUCAUUGCCCGUGUUGGACAUACCAUGUACGACGAAGGAAGAACUCUUACAUCGGCGCAAGAUGCCAAGCACGAAAUGAUGCAACAGAUGUUCACCAAGACUAUGAGUCUGCAGGUCUGGAAGCCCGAGAACGAACGACCUGGCAGGCAUUUCGUAUACACUACGCGUUAUACUAAGUUUUUCAUCGAGCUGUUGGACAUCACUACAGACAAGACUAAUUUCGAAGCGCUCGCCAAGCGCGUAAGACGAAAACAAACGGACUACUUUGAACACCAGAAGCUAUGGCAAGAUCUUUGUUCGCGUUAUCUCAAGUUGCUAAGGAGAAUUGGUAAUGUACCCGAGGGUCAAGAGGAUUCUGCUUUCAAAUCAGUCAACCACGACGAGUUUAAUGUAUUGGCUCUUCGCUUGGAGGCCUGGUGUCAGAACCCGGGUACGCAGCAUCCGAUGCUUGACAUCCUUCGCGAUGCGAUCGAACUCAAGCGCCUCAACAAUGGUAUGAUGAAGCCUCUCCUCAUUGACGACCUUAUCGGAGAUACAUACGCAAUGCUGUACACUUCCAUCGGCCCUUCCCUGUCGCCACUCCCAUCGGAGCAACCGCAGCAGCCAGCACAGCCCCGGUCUGCACCAUUUGCAGUUACUGCAACAUCUACAGGUGCUGUACCAAUCUCCUCCUUAAUGCAAGUGCAGGUUGAUGGUGCCUUAGACUCGAAUGCUAGUACUCCGUUCAACAUGUACCAUCCCAGUCAGCUCCAACAGCCUCCCUCAAUGCCACAGAUGCCAUCGCAGCCUGAGCUGCCGGCAAAACCGCGAGCCAAGGCUGUGGGCCGCAGGGAGAUUGCACGGAGAGCUGAAGCAUGCGUCCAGAAGGCUGCUGGUGCCGCCUCCCAGUCUACCGCAAUGCCCAUCCGGUCACCUCCGCCUGUCAAUGCUGCUCUUCCUUUCGCAACGGAUCAAGAAGCAUCACCGGAUAACAAGGCAGCUCAGCCUGUUCCCGGUCCAAGCACAUCGACCGAACACUUACAGCCUCCGUUCGACAACAGUGGUACAGCAACAGCUGCUGCAAGCGUAACCAAUGACGAACCGGAGCGCAGUGCUCCCGGCUCUGUUCACGAUGACGCGGACGAUGAGAGCGAGCUCAGUGAACUGGACGAAGACGAGGUCGAGGAGAUCCACCAAGAGGUGCAGAACGACACGUUGCGCCGUUCGGCUUCCAUUGCCGCUUUGAGUAACAAGCCGCUAUUCCCUAAUCUGGCCGCGAAUCGAUCGGGCUCUGCAGAGAAGAACAACGAGGCUGAAGAGAGCGAUGAUGGGACAGAUACGAUACACGUUCGUAUACCUGCUGGGGAUAACAUGGACGUUGAUGAGAAGUAA